AUGGGCGGAGUGAAGAGUAAAUUGGCGGGAAUUUGUCCUAAACGCUGUGCUUGCUGCGUCGGUAGCAAAUAUGACUCUUACGACCUGAAGGACCUGCCGCGGCCGCCGCAACUGGAUACCUCGAACGAUGUCAUCGACGGAACAAGACAAGGCGUCCUUGCCGUCCAAGGGAUCGAUUUCUGCGUCGAGACGAACGGGGAAAAUCAUCAUACGAACAAAUUCAAUUUGAUGACGAGAACCGUGGACAAGUGUCUCGUUGUGAGGAGGGGACAGGCCUUCAAACUGGACAUACUUCUAAACAGACCUUUCGACGCCAGCCGAGAUGCUAUUUCCUUCAUAUUCUACGUUGGAGAUGUGGAGAAACGUGGCCCAUCAGACGACACGUCUGCUGCGGUGCCCCUGUUGGAAAAGGGCUCGGAGAUGUUAGGCUCGUGGAGUGCGGUGUACGAGGGUCAAAUGGACUCUCAUCUGAUGGUGGCUGUCACGCCUGCGGUGGACUGUAUUGUCGCGGCUUGGCGGAUAGACGUUGACACAAAGCUGAUCGGAUUAGGCUCACUGAGUUAUACCCACCCGCAGCCAAUAUAUAUCCUAUUUAAUCCCUGGUGUUUGAAUGACAGCGUGUACAUGCCAGGACACAGUCACCGAGAGGAAUAUGUGCAGGAGGACGGCGGAUUAAUGUACAGAGGUGUAUAUAAUCGGAUUAAGCCCACGCCGUGGAACUAUGCCCAGUAUGAAAAGGAUAUCCUGGACUGUGCCUUGUACUUGGUCAGGGAAGUUGGAAAGGUCAAAGGCCGGGCGAGAAGCGAUCCGAUUAGGACGGUGCGUGCUCUCUCCGCGGCGGUCAACGUGCAGGACGACAACGGCGUAUUGUUCGGCAACUGGGGCACUGAGCUCAGCGACUACAGCGGCGGCUCUCAUCCCCUAAAAUGGGUCGGCUCACUGGCCAUACUGCAGAAGUAUUACGAGAAAAAAAAACCAGUGAAGUACGCUCAAUGCUGGGUCUACGCGGGUGUUUUGACAAGCAUUUGUAGGGCACUCGGAAUUCCGUGCAGACCGGUAACUGGUUAUGAUGCAGCUCACGACAGCCAAGGAAGUCUCACCAUCGAUAUAAUUAAAGACGAGGAGGGCAACACUCUAGAAGAGUUUACGAGAGAUUCCGUUUGGAACUACCACGUGUGGAAUGAGGUGUGGAUGGAGCGACCAGACCUUGGUCCGGAGUACGGCGGCUGGCAAGCCAUCGACUCCACGCCGCAGGAGAUGUCCGAGGAUAUUUACCGCUGUGGUCCCGCGUCGUUGCGAGCAGUAAGGGAAGCGGAACUCCAGCGGCCAUAUGACGCUUCAUACGUCUUCGCGCAAGUCAAUGCCGAUAAGGUAUUGUGGAAAUACUCGGGAGAAAUUCAACCAUUAAAAUUGUUGGCGCGUGAUACAACUUCAAUUGGACAAAAUAUUUCUACUAAAGCAAUUGGCGCUAUGGAACGAGAAGAUAUUACAGACUUAUAUAAAUAUCCCGAGAGGACUUGGGAGGAACGUGAAACUAUGGAGAAAGCGCUUCGCAAAUCUGAAAGUAUUUUCGCUAGGUAUUAUCUAAACGACGCUUUCAACGACGUGCAUUUCGACUUCGAAUUGAGAGACGACAUUAAAAUUGGCCAAGACUUUAACGUAGCUGUGCACGUGAAGAAUCGAUCGAUGGUGAACCAGCAUCAGGUGAAGGGUGUCUUAAGGGUAGACACGGUCACCUACACAGGCAAGACAGGUGACAGCGUGAAACGGAAGGAAUUUGAUUUCAACCUCGCCCCCGAGGCUAAGGAACUGGUCACAUUAUUGGUCACAUUUGAUGAUUACUUUAAGAAGCUAGUUGAUCAGGCUUCAUUCAACAUUGCGUGCCUCGCUACAAUAGUGGAUAGACAGUUCGACUACUUCGCGCAAGAUGACUUCAGAGUUCGUAAUCCUGAUAUAAAGAUCGAGAUUAACGGUAAACCGACGUCCCGGCAAGAGAUGGAAGUGAUCGUUAAAGUAGAAAAUCCUUUGCCCAUACCUCUGAGGAAUGGCAAAUUUUAUAUACAAGGCCCUGGAUUGGAUAAACAACUGAAAAUUGAGCUCGAUGAGAACGUGCAACCGGGUGAAUUCGCGACUGCACAAUUCAAACUUACUCCUCCGUGGGGCGGGCGCCACCAGAUAUCUGCCAAGUUUACGUCUAAGGAGAUUCAAGACAUUGACGGAUUCAAGACGUUCAUAGUCGCGCCACCGGCGGAAACGAACGGCAUAUCAUCUGUGGAAAACAACUAUGAGACCAGACUAACA